AUGAAUGACAAGGCAAAUCAGUCAAAUAUCCAGGAGUUCAUCCUGUUGGGAUUCACCAACUUCAAUGUGAAGAUUCAGCUAUUUCUCUUCCCCCUUUUUCUCUUUAUCUACAUGUUCACUAUACUGGGAAACCUUACAAUCAUCUCUGUGGCCACGCUGGAUCCCCUUCUUCAUACCCCCAUGUAUUAUUUUCUCCGCAACCUCUCUUUUCUUGAAAUGUGCUACAUUACAGUAACCCUACCCAAACUUCUGCAAACCUUUGUGGCCAAGAAGAAGACAAUUGCUUUCUACAGUUGUUGUACACAGAUGUAUUGCUUCUUCACCCUCGGUGUGACCGAGUGUUUCCUUCUGGCUGUCAUGGCAUAUGACCGUUUUGUGGCCAUCUGCAAUCCCUUGCGAUACUUUUCAGUUAUGAGUAAACCUACAUGCUUAAAAAUGGCUAUGGUCUCUUGGGUCAGUGGCAACCUUAUAUCCCUUGGCCAGACUGCUUCCAUAUUUUGCCUUCCUUAUUGCGGUCCAAAUCUCAUCAAUCAUUUCUUCUGUGACAUACCCCCAUUGCUGAAGUUGGCCUGCACUGAUGUCUCUGCUAAUCAGAUUGCUGUCUCAGUCACUGGCUUCCUAGUGUUGCCAUUACCUUUUGCUUUAGUGCUUUAUUCCUAUGGACGCAUAAUUGCUGCCAUACUGCGUAUCAGUACCAAUACAGGACGGAAAAAGGUAUUCUCCACAUGUGCCUCACACUUUGUCUCCGUCACCUUGUUCUUUGGGACAGGAGCUUUCACUUAUGUACGAGUUAAGACCAGUGAUACUCCAGAUAAUGACAAAAUAUUGUCUCUCCUCUACAGUGUGGUCACCCCUCUGUUAAAUCCACUUAUAUACAGUUUAAGGAAUAAGGAAGUAAAAGGGGGCCUCAAAAAACUCAUGUGUCAAAAGGUUGAGAAAAAAGAAGCAAAGCAAUCUGCAGAAGCACAUACAUGUAAUGUUGACCAAUGA